AUGUCAUCUCCGUCUUUGAAUGAGGAGAAAGUCAUUGAUGGAGAAGAGAAGGAAGUAGAAAUCCAUACCUGGAAGGGCCCCAAUGAUCCAGACAAUCCGUUCAAUUGGUCCAUUACGUACAGGUGGAUUCUCACAGUAACUGUGUGCUUCAUAUCAAUUUUGACAGGUCUUCCAGCUGGUUCAUAUGGGGCAGGGAACAAUUACAUGGCAGCUCGAUUCAAUGUCCAGAAUGAGCCGUUCCCGAAUCUCUAUUGGGCAACUUGCAGCUGGAAUGUUGGGGCUGCGCUAUUCCCACUCGUCUUCGUGCCACUAACUGAGAACACCGGGCGUAUGCCGGGUUACUUCGCCGCGUAUAUUGUUUUUGAAUUGUUCCUAUUUGGCUCAGCCUUUGCAGACAAUUUUGCGACAGUAGUAGUCACCAGAUUUUUUGGCGGUGGAGCGUCAUCCGUUUCAAUCAACAUCGUUGGUGGAACUCGAAGUCUUCCCAUGUCUCUCUUCGGAUUCACUAGUGUAGCUGGCAUUGCUCUUGGGCCAUUUGUCGGCAGCGCCAUUGUCCAAAUCCACGAACCCACUAGGGGCCUCGAGGCACCCUGGAGAUGGAUCUACUACAUCCAAAUAAUCUAUAAUGCCGCCCUCAUCCCAAUCUUCUAUCUCAUCCUCAAAGAAACCCGCGGCGAUGUCAUCCUCACGAAACGGGCCAAAAAACUACGACAAGAUACCGGUCGAACCAUCUAUGCCGCACCCGAACUAAACCGCGCGUCUGUUGCCUCUCUUCUCAAAAUUUCAUUCAUGCGGCCCACAAAGAUGCUCCUCACCGAACCAGUCGUCACAUUCUUCACCCUCUGGAUAAGCUUCGCCUGGGGCAUCCUAUUCCUGUUCUUCUCAUCAGUCGUCCAGACCUUCGGCACUAAUUACGGCUUUACCACCUUUCAAACUGGCCUGGUUCAACUCGCCAUCACUGCUGGCGCCGCAAUCGGAACAUUUAUUAACCCCAUACAAGACUGGCUGUAUGUCCGCACUGCCUCCAAGAAUACCGAGAGACCCGGGAAACCCAUCCCAGAAGGCCGGCUGUACACCAGUAUUCCUGGCUCAAUCCUCUUCACCGGCGGGCUGUUCAUGUACGGAUGGAGCUCACGGCCCGAUAUCCAUUGGAUUGUGCCUACAAUUGGUGUGUGUAUCGUUGGUGUAGGGAUCUAUUCCAUCUACAUGGGCGUAGUGAAUUACCUGACGGACGCUUACGAGAAAUACGCAGCCUCCGCGCUCUCCGCCGCCUCGCUUGGUCGGAAUUCCUUCGGUGCGUUCCUGCCACUUGCCUCGUUCUCUUUGUUCAAUAAUCUGGGGUAUGGAUGGGCUGGAAGUUUGCUGGGGUUUAUUGGCGCCGCGUUGAGUAUUGUGCCGGUUGUGUUGGUGUUGAAGGGGCCGGGGAUAAGGAGGAGUAGUCCGUUUAUGCUCGAGGCGAUGUACGAUGAGGAGGCAGAUUAGGGGAGUGAUAGUUGGUGGUUAGCGCAGGACCCGGUGCGGGAGUUGCAGGAGGGACACCUGGAGCUCUUGGGAAGCCGGUGUAGGCGUGGUAGCACUUAAGGUGGCUCGGUA